GCUGGAUCUUCAGCUGAAGGAUGUUCCUGUUCAUCUCUCUGUAAAAGAUGGGAUGUGAAGUCGCGGGCUGAGCCAGAAUUUAUUGCCUGUCCCUAAUUGCCCCUUGAGAAGGAACUAAGCAUCUGAGCUCAAAAUGCCUUCAAAUGAAGAACAUGAUAUGGACAAUUCUGAAAUAAGUGGUCAACACAUCUCAGACAAACAGUUGAUGGAAUUAGCUGGAAAACUGGGAAACAGAUGGCAGAGCUUAGCAAUUCAACACCUAGACUUUAAGACAUAUGAAGUUGACAACUUCAUUUCUGACGGAAACAGUAAUCAAGACAAAGCGUUUAAAAUGUUACAAGCUUGGAAAUGUCGAGAAAAAUGUCCAACAGUCAGGAGCUUGAUCCAUAUUCUUGAUAAAGCUAAUAUUGAUGUUAAUGCAUGGUUAUUUCUUUCGAAUAAAGACAGUAACUGUAACGAAUUGAGAUGCAAAUGUUGUCAUAAAAUGGACUGCCAGUGCAAAUGCGAGGCUAUUCGAGGACAUAUUUUCUCCAGCCCAAAUACCAAUGGAUAUAAUUGUUCGGUUAAAGCAGUUAUAGUUAAAGCUAACAAUGCCCAGAAAGAAGGAACUGAUGCCCUGGAAAAUCUAUUUAAAGAACAAUUUGAAACUAACUUUGACCUCCUCUUAAAAUUUCGAAAAAUUGUUAAUUCUGUGGAGAAUAAAAUUCUGAACAUUGUACCAGGGUGUGUGGAGAUCCGUCUGCAGAUUUUAUCUUAUGCUUCUCUCCUGGAUCUCAGCCUGUUACAUGUAAUGGGAGGCUCUGAAAGGACAAAGCAGCUUCCACCUUUACACCAGAAGCUACAAGAUGCUGUGGAAGAAGCACUUUCAGAUGUGAAAAUAACGACCGAGAUGCUUUCUUUCACCAACUAUUUCGAAGGCGGAUCUUACAGAAAAGCAGUGGAAUAUUUUUGCAGAGGGUUUGCUGUUGAUGAUAUGCUCCCAAUCAUAAAAACACCAAAACGGUUCCAGAAUGUUGAUUAUCUAUGUAUUGAUAUCAAAAAUGAGCCACAGACAACCUUAAGUGAUCUGAAGAGAGAAUUCAUGAAGCAGAGACAGAGAAAACUACAUAAACUCCGAAGGAAGGUAUUAAAAGAAAAGCCAAUGAGCAAAAGUGAUUACAACCUUAUUAUUAAGUUAAUCGAUAACAUUUUAAAUAAACCUGAAAACAAGUAUGGACACAAAUUCAGCAAGGGCAAAGAUAAAGAAUUGUCAGGAAAGGAAGUCAAGAAAAUUAGACAAAAAACCAAAUACCAAGAGAAGAAGUGUGGGAAAAGUGAGACAUCAAAGAUUCUAGAGGAAAACAAAAUAACCAAACCUUUUAAAAGAUUAAAGAUCUCAGAGUUUCUAGUGAAGAGAAGCCAGGAAUUCAAGACUCCAGGGAAGAAAAAGAGAAAAAUCCAGGAUGCCAAGACUGUAGAAAUGCAGCAGGCAGAGGCCCUGAGGAGGGAGACAUACAAUCUAGAGCCUUCUUCUACAAAGAUACACACAACAGAUCAUCAAGCUAAGUUGGAGACAAGUUUACUUUAUGAGCCUCUUCUGAAGAAAAGUAAGAUCAUUGAUUAUAAAAAUGCGUUAACUGAUGAGAAGGUAUCUCAGAAAUUAUGUCCCUCAACAAUAAAGAAGACCAAGCGAAAACCAAAGGAAGAAAGCAUUCAAACAAGAAAGAGCAACACUAAAGGAAAGCAGGAAAAGUCAUUUGAAAUUGUUUCCCUCUCCAAGUUGAGAUAUAAGCCAAAGAAGUGUUAUGGGUGUAGGAAGAACAUUGGCGAUGUGGCAGACUUGAUACUGAAGACCCAAGACGUUCGAGAAUACUAUGGUGCUUGUCGUCAGAAGCACCUUGCACAUUAUGAAUCAAAUGUGUACUUCCAUUUUCUUGAGAAGUGUGUGAGGAAGAAGUACGGGCUAAUUAAUCAGCAUAAAUUCGUUGUGUCAAAUGAUAUCUCAGGUUGUUUGUCUGAUGCUCAGCGUGUGAUGCUAGGAAGCAUGGAAAGCACCCAGGAUGUAGGAGAUGUAAAACUUGAAACUAAAAUGAGGGGAAUUGAUUUGAGCGAUACAGAGCUGACCGAAUGUAAAAAACUGUCAAGCUAAAACCUACCUUCAGUUGCCAAUCAUCUCUCUUGUCUGAUGUGAGCAAAUAAAAUCCCUUUGCAUUUC